ACCUUCUUGUCAAACAGUCUCUUAGAAACAGUUGAUAGAAAACGUGUCAAACGCUAGUGCAAAAUGUUUACAACAAUUAGAGCGACAGUCAAUCGAACCAGUCGAGAGCUGAUCAAAUGCAAAAGACAGAUCAGCAAGACCUCGACGGCCCCCAACAGCGAUGCCAUCUCCAGACAGCAAAAGACCGAAUUGAACCUCGACCAAACCUCCAAGAAUAAGUGGAUUAGGUUGAACAAGCACAAUAACAACAGAGCUUUAUCAACGAUCCAAACAAAGGCCAAACCCCAAACUAGCAACUAUACUCUAGUCUCGAAAGAUGAGAGUCGCGAAUUCAUGGCGGUUUUUCCGGACAUCGUCCGGGACUUGACCGAUGCCGGAAGACAGACAGAUAUUCCGGAAGUCACCAAACGAUAUGCRAAAGCAUUGCACUACAACGUGCCCAAUGGAAAGAAAAACAGGGGGCUGGCGGUCAUCGCCGCCUACAAAAUGCUCGAAAAGGAGGAGAAUCUCACCCCGGAAAACAUCAGGCUGGCCAACAURRUGGGCUGGUGCGUCGAACUGUUGCAAGGCUUCUUUUUGGUCACUGAUGACAUCAUGGAUCGGUCAGAGACGCGACGCGGAAUGCCCUGUUGGUACAAGAAGGACGAUAUCGGUUUAAAUGCCUUCAACGAUGCUAUACUUCUUGAACACGGCAUUUAUACGUUGCUUAAGAGGCAUUUUUCCCAACAUCAUUGCUACGUCCCAACCAUGGAACUCUUCCAUGAUGUUACACUCAAAACUUCAAUGGGACAAGCUUUGGAUUGUUUGUGUACCAAAGACGGAAAACCCAAUUUGGAACUCUUCACUAUGAAUAAAUACAACUCGAUUGUUAAAUACAAGACUGCUUUUUACACUUUCCAAUUACCAGUGGCUUUGGCUAUGUACAUGGCGAAUUUGUACGACCCAGAAAUGCACAGGCAGGCUAAAACCAUCUUGAUGGAGAUGGGACUUUUCUUCCAAAUUCAAGAUGAUUUUCUCGACUGCUUCGGCGACCCUGCGGUGACCGGCAAACAGGGCAACGACAUCCGCGAGGGUAAAUGUUCCUGGUUGGCUGUGGUCGCCCUUCAGAGGGCCAACCCAACCCAAAGGAAGAUCAUGGAGGAGUACUACGGCCGGCCCGACCCUGAAGCAGUCCGAAUCAUUCGAAACUUGUACGAAGAACUGAGUUUGCCCAACACUUACGCCAUCUACGAGGAGGAGAGUUUCAACAUCAUCCGUACACACAUCCAGCAAAUUUCCAAAGGACUCCCACACAAACUCUUCUUCAAAAUAAUGGAGAAAAUCUACAGAAGGGACUGCUAGUGUGCGAAUCAGUAUUCAGAUCAUUUGCAAGAUAAUGAGUUAAUUUAAGGUUAUUUUAAAGGAGUUUUUUUAUAUUUUAGUUGUCCUGAAGUGUUUGAUUGUAAGCUUUAAUUCUAUUGGGUAUUUGGAGUUAUCUUGUGAAUUUUCGAGUCUUCUCUGUGUGAUAUCGUGCAGGCUGGAUUAGUCUUAGGCCAGUCGGCGUUAAUUUAGAUUUUUUUAAGUUGUGAAAUAUUGAAUAACUUUAACACA